AUGGAAGAUGUUUUAAAUUACACAAAAGAUGACAGUGAAGACUUUUAUGCAAUUCUUGGUUGUGAUCCAUCUGCAACUGAAGAACAGAUAAUAAGUGAAUAUAGAGCUAGAGUCAUAGAAUGUCAUCCUGAUAAAAAUCCUGAUGAUCCUCAAGCAGCUGCAAGAUUCCAGUUAUUACAGAGAGCUAAAGAUGUAUUAAGUGAUCCUAGUACUAGAGUUAAUUAUGAUAGAUGGAGAAGAUCACAGUUAGCUAUAAGUUAUCAACAAUGGUGUAAUAUGGCUCCUACUCAUAGGUCAACACACUGGGCAUGUUCUAAACCUCAACCAAUGUUGCAUGAUACAGUUACUAGUAGUGAAAAUCAGCCUCAUACUCCAACAACCAGUUCUACUAACACUACACCUAAAUGGAAACAAGGUUUUUUGAAUUUAUCUAUUACAGCUUCAGUACCUAUAACCAAUAUACACUGGUUCAGAGAUUCUCCCUCAGAUAUGAUACAGAAGUUUAGAAAUUAUGAAAUAUAA